CUGGCGUCACGUGAUGCGCGCUGCCGCCGGCCAUUGGCCGGAAGCACCGCCCCGGAAGCGCGGGGCUGUUCCGGUACGGGGCGCAGCUGGUGGAGCGUCACCAGGUCAUCGGAGGAGUUCGUCAGGACGGUGUUCCACGCUGAUCCCAGGGAUCGCUGGUGCAUCAGGCGGAGCACAGGAGGGAGCCAUGGUGUGCAUUCCCUGCAUCGUGAUCCCUGUUCUGCUCUGGGUCUACAAGAAGUUUGUGGAGCCCUACAUCUACCCCAUGAUCGCCCCCUUCAUCAAGCGUGUCUGGCCCAAGAAGGCUGUGCAGGAGCCACCAGGCACCAAGCAGGGCUCAGGAGGCAGCACUGGGGACCCCUGGGGUCCUGCAGCCACCAAGAGAGACCAGGAGGAUGGAUCUGGAAGCCAUAAAUUGGAAAGCAAUGGCAUUGCAAAUGGAAGUGCUGCAAAGAGAUCCACUGCAGUAUAUGGCAAGAAAACGGCUUAAAGGAGUUAAUUCCUAAGGAUUUUAUUUCCUCAUGUCCAGUAUGAACUGCUGAUAUUCCUCUCAAUUUGAGACUUUUUCCUUUGCAUAUUUUAGCUGAAUAAAAAACUAAAUUGCUUGCA